CUACCACAGAACCCUUCGCGUGUUUUGAGACUUGGGGGUAAGAUUUAACCAGUUUUGAUUUGUAGGGAGGCGGUUUCCGGUAGAAACUCCCUGCCACCAAUGCAGAUGAGUCAGCCGGGCUGAGGGUGCCAAGUCUUCACUUCAAAGCCAGCCCUCUCUACCUGAUCAUUCUUAGCAGUUCACCAGCCUGUGGAAUACUCCUAGAAAUGUGUCGGUUUUACGGACCGUAGGAGAGAGCCCCCCGGGGGCAGAGGACUGGCUGGGAUUCUGGAUUCCCAGGCCCAGCGCUGAGUUCCUGUCCUCUCUGGGGCUGAGCACUUUUAUCCCCUCCAACACGAGAGCUCCAACUGGCAUGGAAACAAAGGCGAAAGUCAAAGAAUAAAAGGCUUUUGUAAACUAGUUUGUGCCGGGAAAGGAAAGCUCACAAGGGCGAUUCAUCCCAGCGUGAGCAGUUGACACUGGAUAGGGGGUUUGGAAGUUUCAGAGGGAGAAAAAAAAGUUUCCUCUUAAAAUAGGGGAAAGAGCCAGCCAGCCUCGCCUACAUGGCUGGGCUCCAGGGGGCGGAGCUGGGGCAAAGAUUCUAGUAAGAGUGGACUGGGAGGGGCUGGGAGCAGAGCCACAAGCGAGGAACCUGGGGCCGGCCUCAUCCCUGGAGCUCGGGCUCGGAGUAGCGGCAGCGAUGGGGCUGCGCGCGGCUCUGUUCGACCUCGGCGGAGUGCUGGUGCGUCCCUCCCCGAACGUCAUCUUCAGCCAGACCGAGGAAGCCUUGGCCCUGCCCAGGGGAUUUUUAAACAAAGCAAUUGCUCAAGGAGACCUUGAAAACCCCUAUCUGCGUCUCAUGAGAGGAGAGAUCACAUUUUCACAGUGGGUUCCUCUCAUGGAAGAAGAUUGUAGGAAGCUUUCUGCAGCUUCUGGUUUCUGCCUCCCAAAGCAAUUUUCUAUACAGAAAAUCUUUGAAGAGGUGAUUUCAAAAGGAAAGAUCAAUUAUCCUAUGCUUCAGGCUGCUAUCACUUUGAGAAAUAAGGGUUAUAAAACUUGCAUCCUUACCAACAGCUGGUUGGAUGAUAGUCCUCAGAGAGGUACCAUUGCCAAGUUGGUGUGUUCUCUAAGCAAACACUUUGACUUUAUGAUAGAAUCAUGCCGAAUUGGAAUGGCCAAACCAGACCCAGAGAUUUAUAAGUAUGCUCUGGAGGCAUUGAAGGUGGCACCACAUGAGGCUGUUAUCUUAGAUGACAUUGGAGUCAACCUCAAGAAAGCUCGUGAAGUAGGAAUGGUCACCAUCCUUGCCCAAGAUACUGACAUGGCCCUGAAGGAACUGGAAAAAUCAACCGGCAUGCAGUUUCUCCACCAUGAUGUGAUACAGCCUAUUGCAGUCCAGCCAAACAAUGUUGUCCAUGGGUAUGUCGAAGUUAAGCCUGGUGUCCAGCUGCAUUUCGUGGAGAUGGGCUCUGGACCUGUUGUGAUUCUCUGCCAUGGCUUUCCUGAAAGCUGGUUCUCUUGGAGGUAUCAGAUCCCAGCUCUAGCAGAAGCAGGCUACCGGGUUAUUGUUCCAGAUAUGAAGGGUUAUGGUGAUUCUUGUGCCCCCCAUGAAAUAGAAGAAUAUUCCCAAGAAGUCAUAUGUAAGGAGUUGAUUACUUUCCUGGAUAAGUUGGGCAUUUCUCAAGCAGUGUUUAUUGGCCAUGACUGGGGUGGUAGUGUGGUGUGGAGCAUGGCUCUCUUCUAUCCAGAGAGAAUAAGGGCAGUGGCCAGUUUGAAUACACCCUUCGUUCCAGCAGAUCCAGCUGUGCCUUUUAUAGAGAAGGUCAAAUCCAACCCAAUUUUUCAUUACCAGCUCUACUUCCAAGAACCAGGAGUAGCAGAGGCUGAAUUGGAGAAAGAUCUCACCCAGACGUUCAAAUUCAUGUUCCGAGCAAGUGAUGAGGAAACGUACUUUAAAAAAUCUGUGGAAAAAGGAAUUCUGAAAGAAAAUGAAAAUCCCCCAUGGAGUCGGAUAGUAACCAAGGAGGAGAUUGAGGUCUACGUGCAGCAGUUCAAGAAAUCUGGCUUCAGGGGUCCCUUAAACUGGUAUCGGAACAUGGAUGCAAAUUGGCGAUGGGGCUGUACUGGAGUCAAAAGAAAGAUCUUGAUUCCAGCACUUAUGGUCACAGCUGAACAGGACAAGGUUCUCCUUCCCAAAUUUUCUAAGCACAUGGAAAAGUGGAUCCCCAACCUGACACGGAGAAAUAUUGAGGACUGUGGACACUGGACUCAGAUGGAAAAGCCAAGAGAGGUGAAUCAGAUCCUCAUUGAAUGGCUGAAAGAAGUGGCCAAGAAUCCACACUUGACUUCUAUGCUCUGAUGUGGGAUGUGUGUGUGUGUGUGUGUGUGU